UUGACAGUAGAUACGUGUACACACUGUACAGCAUCACUUCUCCUUUACACUCCUCCACCUGAGGCUCAGCAGAGACCAACAGCACAGUGAGCCAUGUCCUGUUCAGCCUCCCAGUGGACUCCUCAGCGUCCAUUUCUCCUCGGCAGCCUUUUGGUGUUUUGCUUCAUCUGCCUUUUCAUCUCGUACAUGGCCGACAUCACCUUCACAGAUUUUGGAAGAGUUGGUCGGUUUUGUCCUGCCUUCCUGUGUGCAGAGAAAGCACAGAAUAAUGACUCCAUCCCCAGCAGCUCCACAGAGCUCCACAAUGAAACACAGUCAGGUCCAACCGAGAAGGUCCAGGCAGCAGCAGUGGACGCUGAGUCCGACACUGUUGUGCUGAUCUGGAUGUGGCCGUUCGGCGCCAGAUUUGAACUCAACUGCGACAUUUUCAAUUUCAAAAGAUGCCACUUAACAGAUGACAAGGAACUUUACCAUAAGGCCCACGGGGUGGUCUUCCACCACAGGGAUAUACAUGGAAAUUUAGAAAACAUGCCCAAAGUGCCACGCCCCGUUUUUCAGAAAUGGGUUUGGUCAAAUAUGGAGUCGCCCACCAACUCAGGUAAAAUUGCUGGACUGAAUGAGUUAUUCAACUUGACAUGCAACUAUCGGAGUGAUUCAAGUAUUCCAGUGCCUUAUGGGAAUCUGUAUCCCGUGACCUCUACAGAUGAGAGUUUAAAAUUGCCAGCAAAGGACAAGUUGGUGUGUUGGAUUGUGAGCAACUGGAGCCCGAAUAUGAAGAGAGUUCAGUACUACAAUGAACUGAAGAAACACGUAACAAUUCAUGUUUAUGGGGGAGCCUUUCAAAAACCUGUCGGUAGGGAAGACUUUGUAAAAAUAAUGUCUAGUUGUAAAUUCUACCUCUCCUUUGAAAACUCCUUCCACAGAGAUUACAUCACAGAGAAGUUCUUUAAUCCUUUGAGUUGGGGAACUGUUCCGGUAGUUAUGGGCCCGCCAAGACACAUGUAUGAGGGCCAUGCCCCAGCUGAGUCUUUCAUUCAUGUCGAUGACUUUCCUUCUCCCAAGGAGUUGGCAGAGCGGCUACUUUACCUUAACCAAAAUCAAACCGAGUACAUGCGAUUCUUCAACUGGAGAAGCAUGUUUAAAGUUAAAGGUGGUCUGUUUGGAAGAGAAAUUGCCUGCAAAACAUGUAGAUACUUACAAAACCACAAGGAGUACCAAGCUUUUAAUGAUCUGAACACUUGGUACUGGGGUUGAGAGGUUGUGAACCCUUCUAUCAAAAUGUUACAGUGUGUAUUAAGGAUUAUUUGUUGCUAAUGAAGUGUCAAAUGCAGCCAACUUGUUUUCAACAAAGUGGGUUUAGGUUUAUCAGGAAGCUAAAUGUUUCACAAUGAUAAUCAACCUGUUCACCAGGUAAAAAAAGUGAUUGACAGGUAUGUUGGUUUAGGUAUGUUCCCUAGAGUGCAGGCUUUCAAUUGUGUUUUUUACAUUCCUCCAAACAAUGCACUCCUUUUAGGAGAAAUGAUCCCUUUAACUGUCAUUAAAUGAUUAAAAUCAUUUUGAAAACAACAGCACUUGACUUUGUUUUCAUGUUGAUAGUGUCGUAGAUUCUUUUAUUAAAGAACAUCAUGGAGGGCUGCUGUGUUAGUAAGUGUCAAAUGGAGCCAAAAAAUAAAAAGUUAUAUAAAGUUAUAUGCUAUCAUAUCAUAUUUUCGUACUCUGUAGUUGAUGCUCGAAAUCUAACUUUAUUGACAAAAAGGCAGCAAACGAAAAUUACUCUUGGUAUUGGAAAAAGGCCAAUACUAAAUCUAAGAACAAAAGGACCUAGAAAAUAAACAUUAGGCUGAAAAACGAAUCAACAGAAGGCAAGCCUGAACCAGGAAAUAAAAAAUAGUUUUAUUAGGUUUAUCAGGAAGCUAAACGUUUCACAAUGAUAAUCAACCUGUUCACCAGGUCAAAAAAAAUGAUUGACAGGUAUGUUGGUUUAGGUAUGUUCCCUAGGGUGCAGGCUUGUUAUUGUGUCUUUUACAUUCCUCAAAAGAGUGCACUCCUUUCAGGAGAA